UUGGAGCAUGCCUACUACGCUCAGAGAUAAACAAAGACAGGACGUCGCUCUGCAAUAAACUCUACUCUGCUGUUAUUUUAUAUGCUAACAAAACCGAAACAUUGUGGAGCGCCCUAAUUCUGGAGCCAUGGAAAAAACAUUAUUGAUGCGAGUGAGUGUGUUUACCGACCAAGGAGGCAGGAAAUACAUGGAAGAUGUGACCGAGGUCAUAGUAGAGCCGGAGCCGGGAGAUGAUGCGCCGACGUCGGGUGAGCCAGAGGAGAGCAGUGAGGGAGACGGUAUGGUCACUUCUCUAACCGGGGACGCGCAUCAGGACCAGAAAGGUGAAGCCGGGGAACCACCGCAGGUUUCAGAUACAUCGUGUGAGCCCGUACGAACGGAGGGCCAAAUGAUAUUGGCGGAAACAUCUUUACCGGGAGGUCAGAGCCCACCGCGAGUUGAGCCGAGCACCGCAAGCCCUUCCCGCCGCUCUGUCGCGUUCUUCGCUGUGUUUGAUGGUCACGGGGGUCGCGAGGCUGCGCAGUUUGCACGAGACUAUUUGUGGGAGUUCAUGAAGAAGCAGCGGGGCUUCUGGUCGGACUGCGACCGGGAGGUCUGCUCUGCCAUACGCAAAGGAUUUGUAGCCUGCCACCACGCUAUGUGGAAGAAGCUGCCUGAAUGGCCAAAGACACUCACAGGCCUUCCCAGUACAUCUGGCACCACAGCCAGUGUAGUGGUCCUUCGAGGAAACCGCAUGUAUGUGGCCCACGUUGGGGACUCGGCAGUGGUUCUAGGGGUACAGGAUGACCCCUCAAUCCCCUUCAUCAGAGCUGUGGAAGUCACACAAGACCACAAGCCUGAACUACCCAGAGAGAGGGAGCGAAUUGAAGGUCUGGGAGGAAGUGUAAUCAAGAAGUCUGGAGUGAACAGGGUGGUGUGGAAGAGGCCAAGGCUCAGCCACAAUGGUCCAGUUCGUCGGAGCACCGUGAUCGACCAGAUACCGUUCUUGGCAGUAGCCCGAGCUCUAGGUGAUCUGUGGAGCUAUGACUUCUACAGUGGGGAGUUUGUGGUUUCUCCAGAGCCAGACACUAGUGUGGUGAUCCUUGACCCCAGAAAACAUCGCUACAUCAUCUUGGGCAGUGAUGGUCUGUGGAAUAUGGUGCCCCCUCAAGAGGCCAUAUCCAUGUGUCAGAACAAUGAUGAGGAAAUGGCACCAUGCGGGGCAUCGAGUGCCAGGCAGCUGGUCAGCCACGCUCUGCUGCGGUGGCGCCAGAGAAUGUUGCGUGCUGACAACACCAGCGCCAUCGUGAUCGCCCUGCAGGAAUCUGGGACCUCCCAGGACACCUUGCAUCAUGAGGAGGUGCUGCUUGACUUAACCAAGGUGUCCCAGUGCCCUCCCACCUCCAUAUCUCGAGCCGACACUCCUCUCCUUCAGCGGCCUCCAGAAGAGGAUUCUCCUUCAGCUAUGUGUGAGCUGCUACCUGCCUUGGAGAGACGGGAUGGGCUAUCAGGAAGCAAUAGCUUGUACCACAUGAGUCUGUCUGACCCCUUUGCUCUGAGUUCACUUUGUUCAAAUAGCAGCACUGAGCUGCCCAGUCAGUCCAGUCCAACUGACGGUACAGUUAACAGCAGGACACCCAACAGCAAAAGAGCUAUUGAUGGAUCGUCACCACCGGCAGGUCAGCCGACAAAGAAAGCCCGGCGCAGGACAGCUGACAGGCCGCCGCUGGUCCAACACAAUGCAGAGAAGAAACAGAAGGAGUCUAAUAAUGUCUCUCCCAUUCUCCAGCAGCAUAACAAGACCACAGUGUGUGUGUGCUAAAACACACCUCAGCUUGCUGCCUCCCACCGUCAACCUCGUCUCCAGUGGUGUUUCUGCUCCUUAUGUUUGCAGCUCUCCUGCAUUGUCACAGUUCAAAGCAACCUUGCUCUAAAGGUUGGUAACAGACUUAUCUCAGCACUAGGACAGUCCUCACUUGAAAACAGUUUUUUGUUUUUUUUUUUUUGAUGAAUUUUGUGUCUUUGUUUUGAAAUUCCUUCCUGAUAAAAUGUGUCUUAUUCCACCUACGUUUCUGGUAACAGUUGUAAGAAAUAAGUAUGACUAAUUGCUGGUGUAAAUAUUAUGCAUUUUAUAACUGAGUAUUGAAAAGUAAGUCAAUCUGCUCAUUUAAAACAAAUCUAUAUUUUUUAUACAUUCUUUUAUUGUACAAAGAUAAACAUCAAAAUCCCCUUUAGAUGAACUCCACCACAGCUUUCUUCUUCUGCUCCUCUGUCUGUCAACACACCGCUGUGUGCACACCUUGUGUUAAAACAUGUUUAUGUAUUGUUAUUCUUAUCUCUUUAUUUAAUCACUGGAGAUUUGUCUUGAAUAUAAAAACUGAAGGUGCUGCUACAGUCACGAACCAGUAAGCUACUACAUUGUGUAUAUUGAUAUUUAAAUAUAUGUAAUGCGUCAUGUAACAUGUUUUUCUUUUCAAGGUAUUCUUCUGACCUAACUCAUCAGGCCCUCAUGAGGUUUCUAAUAUUGGAAGAUGGUUUUAAGUUGUAAUUGCACAGUGUAUCUUAAGGGAUAAAUCCACUCUACUAUCGGUCAUUGUUGUAGUUUGUAAUGAGAUAUUACAGUUGAUUUUGGUGUCUUCACUUCCCUGAGCCUGCAACACUCAUUCAUACAUCAAUAGUGAUUUUUCUAAGUCUCCGAGAAUGCCUUUCAACAGCCCUCUGCUUGUGCAGAUGUUGGUAUGUUUGUCCCUAUAAUGAUGGAUCGCUUCCUCUGUGUUUGCUAAAUAUCCAGGUGGUUCUAAAACAAAGACGUCCUUGGUCCUGAGGGACUGACAAAAGCACUGAUGUUUACAGUCAUCAUUCAUGAUUAUUUUGUGCUACCAGAUUUUCAUUGUGGCUGCACUGAAGUAUCAGUAAUGUCAUUCUCCAUCACAAACAUGUUGGUUCCUGCAGAGAGAGGACUGUCUUGGUUCACUGGUCCACCCUUUACCUUGUUUUCUCUCAUGUGCAACAAGACAAUAACUGCUGGUUUCUGUUUUGCUGAGGCUGAUUUCUACAAGCCAUUGUCCCUCCAUGCUGCAGCUGCAGUUGUAUUGUUACUGAUGUAUGCACAAGGCUCAUUUGUGAGUAAAUACACUCUGCAUGGACUUUAUAAGAGAAUAUUUUUGCACUAUUAUGGUGACCUUAAUUGUCUUUGAGAAGGCAGUUUUCUUUUCAAAAUAAUGCAGCUAGGAAUGAGUGACAAGAUUAGAGUCUAAAACAGGAAAUGUAGGAUGUCAAAUGACAAAUAAUCAGAUCUCUUUCGAAGGGACUCGUCAUUAUGCUGAGUGGCGUUCGUGUGUAGAACGUGGCCGUGUCCUCUUUUACCUCUGGUUAAUGACAGUGUUUGAUUCAGAUGAUGAAUAUUCACUACAGAAAGAUAAUGACCAUUACACAGGAAAGGCAGAAGCCUCAGUCUUUGUUAGACUUUGUUACAUCAUGAUGUAUUUUCAUUGAGCAAUGUGCAAUUUCUAACAGGAGUUUGUAGCAUUAUGGAGUGGAUCAAUAAAUAUCGUACCACAUUGGAGGAAUGAUGAUGUUAAUGUUUGGCACGUUCUCUGCUAAUGCAGUCUGUUACUUGCCAUGGGAUCCCUUGGUUUCUGACUUUUAUAUAGUAUUUUUGAGAAUUCUCAUGAAUCUUUGCCUACUCAUUUAUUCUGUUGAAUACUCACAUCCCUGAUUCAAAUACCUUUGCAUGUGUACAGUGUAAAUGUGAAAAACACUUAUCUGGAAAUGAACUUAUUUAAAUAAAAACUUCUCUGAAGUAAAGUA